CUCUUUGGGUCGAUAGUGUUGCACUUCCUGUAUCUCCGAACUUCAAUUUACUGAACCCGUGAAGACUGUUUGGCGGUUUCUCCUCUAUCAUCAUCACAAUGUCUGCAAGUCCUGCUGUGUUGAUGCGGCUCGUGGCCUCUGCCUUCACUGUUGCUGAAAAGGCCGGUGCCAUUGUGAGGAAAGUCCUUCACAGCGGAGAACUUGGCAUUGUGGAAAAGACUGGAGCCAAUGAUCUGCAGACACUGGCCGACCGACUGGCACAACAAAGCAUUUGUGCAUCACUGUCCAGAAGUUUCCCCAAAAUCACCAUCAUUGGAGAAGAGGACCUUCCACCUGAGGAGAUAAAGGAAGAUCUCAUUGAGAGCGGCCACUCGGAGGAAAUCCUUCAGAAGACAUGUCCAGCAGAAUAUAGAGAUCUGAAAGAGGAGGAGCUAGUUGUGUGGGUCGAUCCUCUCGAUGGCACAAAGGAAUAUACUGAAGGUCUGCUGGAUAAUGUGACGGUGCUCAUUGGUAUUGCAUACGAAGGCAGAGCGAUUGCAGGUGUCAUCCACCAGCCUUUCUACAACUACCAGCUCGGAGCAGGAGCAUCCUUAGGAAGAACCAUGUGGGGAAUCCCGGGGUUGGGCGCUUUCGGAUUUCAGCUGCAGGAAGUUCCCGGUGACAGACGCAUCGUUACCACGACUCGUUCCCAUAGCAACAAGCAGGUGACGGACUGUGUGGACGCCAUGGAGCCUCACGAGGUUAUAAGAGUGGGCGGUGCUGGGAACAAGAUAAUCCAGCUUGUUGAAGGAAAGGCUUCUGCGUAUGUCUUCGCCAGUCCCGGCUGCAAGAAGUGGGACACCUGCGCUCCAGAAGCUCUACUGCACGCUGUGGGAGGGAAACUGACUGACAUGCACGGCAAUGCAUACUGCUACAAUGCUAACGUAAAGCACAUGAAUUCUGCAGGCGUUCUUGCUACACUACGCAACCACGAGUACUAUGUUAGCAGAGUGCCGCAGUCGGUGCUGCAGGCCCUGAAGUCAGAUUAAGUUCUGUCUUCAUCAGAAGUCACACUAAUGAACCUCUGUCAUGGUUUAAAGCACUUAAAAAUCGAACCACAAGUGCAGGAACCCUCUGUAUUUAAAUGUCCUAAAAUCAGAACAAAUAAUGAUUUAAAGUCACAUUAAUCUACCAUGUUUUUGUGUCAUACAUUAUUAAAUCAACCAGAAACAGACAGCAAGCAGGCUCAACAGCACUUCCAUUUAUUUCAUCGUUUCAAACAAACUUUACAAAUCUCAGAACGUCUUUACACACUGUUUCCAACUUGAAGACCAAGAGAUUAACAAGGCAAAAGGCAAAGAUUUAAUAAAUAAAAAUACAUCGGUUAAAUGCUUAUUAAGGAGUUAAAAAGGAUUAACUUCAUUCAAUAACCACGUGGGAACACUGUGAUAUAACUAGCCAACAACAAACAAAAUGCCAUCGUCCUGCCUUGAUGAUUUUGACCUCUUUACAAUGUCAUGCGAUGACUGGAAGCGCAACAAUGUUCAGAGAGAGAGGUCGAGAUCUACUGCUGUGAUGAUGAAUAUACUCAGAACUAUUUUUGAAUCCCGUACUGUCGGUUUCUGCCGUGGUCUUCAUAUCCGUCUCUAUUUUUCUACACACCUACUGUACAAACCAGACUGAAGGACACAAACUCAAAGUGCUUACCGAUGUUUGUUUCCCACAUUAAAUUGACAUCUGAACUUAAAA